ACCGAACCCAACUCGGUUGCGCAGGGCUUAAAGCUCGACCCGCAUUCCACCGUUGAAAAGGUGUGUCGAGUCGAGGCGGUAUCCCACCCAUUCGGAUCUCAGGACAGUGCUCGUGGCUCAUCAGCUUCCGCUUGUCCUUUUCCCGCAUCUCUUCAGCCGGUCUGAUACACACCAUGCAGAUGUUAGCGUCCUAUAUUAUCUAAGAGCCCUGGGAUCGGGUCCGUCCUGGUCCAUUUGGUAUACUGAAAACCACACACUCUCUAGCUGAGGGAUUCGGCGGAAUCUGACUUAGCUUCCAGAAAACUUCAGCUCUAUUCCAAAUGUCCACCUCCGUGCGUACGAGAUGGUACCACGAGCCCUUGUGGUCGCUGACAGGCGCCCAUUGCCCCGUGCUGAGCAGCUUAUAGAGCGCGGCGACAAACCAUCCAAAACACCUGGGGCUGUCGAAAUCCAGAAACCCACAGAAUCGACGCUGGUAGUGUUGGGGGAUAGAAAGGCAGAACUGGCACGAGACAAUACCAGAGAAAGGGAAAGGGAAAGAUCACCUACACGAUUGAAACGAAGCCAUCACAAAGUCCGUACCGGCUGCCUAACUUGCAGGCAUCGGAGGGUCAAAUGCGACGAAACACAUCCACGAUGCCUUCGAUGUGCCAAAGCUGGUCGAGUGUGCGAAGGCUACACGCAAACAAAACCAUGGCCAUUCCAGUCUUCAUCCCGUGAUCGUUCGCCCGAAGGAAUUGUCCCUUGGUUUAACAGCGGCAACCCCAUCCACUUCUACAACGAGCCUGAUCUCAAUCGGCCUACCCAGUUCUUCCUGGAAUGCACCGCGCCACGCAUUUCCUCCUACUUUGCUGAAAUGAUGGACUCCUUCCUCGACGACAAAGCCCUGGUCAAUUACUCGUCGAGCUCAGCAUGGAGCUUUUGGAAUCGGGUGGUUGUCCAAGCAAGUCAGACCCAGGCCUGUGUCCGUCAUAGCUUGGCUGCAUUGAGUAGCCUGCAUGAAUGGAUCGAGCUCACGAAACGAACACCGUGGCAGAACCAUACAUUUACUCUCUACUACACCAAGGCCAUUACCGAGAUCAACCAGAGCCAAAGUGCCUUGCCCCUCGAGAUCAUUUUGAUCUCAUGCAUCCUUUUCGCCCACUGUGAUUUCCUUAUGGGCGCGUCCGCCGCGGGACUCACUCAUCUGAAAUCGGGCCAUCGCAUUAUUUCCGAGAACCGACGGCGACAAGCCAUCAUUGCUCCAGAAGUUUCUGAGUUUAUUGAGCCUAUAAUACGUGGCUUCAUGGCCAAGUCGGAAAACUACGCGCUGCGAGAAGAGACGGGACCCGAGGCCAACUCGACAGAAGGUGCGACCUACGCGGUGCCUGAUGUGCCCGAGAUAUUUGAAGACCUUGCACAAGCAAACAAACAUCUACAGCAGGCUGUCUAUAUGGUCCUCCUUCUUGAACUGGGUAAACCACAUCAUUCGACACGCAUGAUCCCAGGCGUCCGCAAGUACGUUGCUGACUGGGCGACCGCGUUCGGUCGCUGGAAAGCAAACCUGGAACUUGACGAACCGCUCCUCAAGGACUGGCAGCUGUUACUGCUCGCCCACCAUCGGAUGGCUUUAUUGAUCUUGAAGACUCUUCCACCAGACAAUGACUGCUGCUACAAUCGUGCCGCUGCAGACUUCCGAAUCAUGUUCGCUCAGCUACGGACCUUUUUGCGCAGUGGAUACACUACAAUGGAAAAGGGACAGGACAGUAACCUUGUCCUGAAGGUGCAUCUGGGCUUUAUCUCGCCGUUGUACUUUAUUGCUACACUGUGCCGAGUCCGCGACAUUCGCCGAAACGCACUUGAGGCUUUGCGAGACUUGAAAGUCGUCGAGGGCCACUGGAACAGUUGCGUGGCUUACGCCGUCGCCAAAACGGUCAUUGAAAUCGAAGAAGCAUACGGCGAGACUUUGAUGAGGGUGCAGCGUAUCAAGGUCGACAGUGUCGAUCGGGUAAAAGAUGGGACUCUGGAGAUCAGAUACCACAAAGUGCCAGGAGAUGCAACACACGGGGAUGCCGUGACCAGAAGGAUAACCGAGCCUUGUUGUCACCAUGAGACAAACAUGCAAUGGCCGUUGGUGCGUCUGGUCCAACUUCAUGGAUUCCAGGCGACCGUCAAACCUCGAAAGCUGACCUGUUCGUGCGAACGGACGCCCGCUUGAUGACCUGAAGAUGUCCUCCGUCUACGCAUCAUGAUCAGGAAUGAUCCAGAGUGGAAGAGCUUGUUAGUCGCACCUCAGCCUCUUCGACAAGGUGGCGCAGGAUAAACAGCCGCAGAGUCGAGAUGCGGACUGAGCCAAUGGAAAAUGCGGGACUCGCCGUCCUUCUUUACACAGUCGAGAUGGCAUACCACACUACACGGCGACUGCUUGCCUAUCGUCCUGAUCGAUCAACUGAUAGUUCGUCAGUGAUGACCUCGCGGUAAUGCUGUCGAUGCGAUCUGCAGGAUACCCCGUUCUCUUUCACCGAGAGCGUCGCUUGCAUGGGAGACUUGAGCGGGUAUUCACAGAACUAUAUUUCCCAUGGUCACUGAACUAGAACUUGACCGCGCUAUUGCUCGCCACCUAGACGAGCCUCGCAUCUGCUGUCACAGCACACCAUCCGGAUCAGUGUCGGCUUCCCCUAGCCCAAACCCAACAUGGUGAAAAUGCAACCAAAACAAUUCCCACGAAGGACAGAGCUCCUGUCGUCGGCCCACACUCCAGGGCGACGGCUAGUUUGGAGCUCUUCCACCCUGGGUAACUUGAAGGGGGAAACAGCCUGAGAGAGACGCAUCGAAGAGCUCUCAGGGAAGGAAAGAUGAGUGCGAAGAUAUAGGAUGUACGUGCAGUAUUUGUGGACACGGGUGAACCAAAUGCAAAAACAUCCGCAAUGUAAAGUCAAUGUGUAUCUUGUCACAACCCGUUAGUUAGGAUGCUGAAUUGCUGGAAAAUAGACAGGGGGAGGUCCUUCUUUCGCCCCCUUGCCAG